AUGGAGGAACAUGUUCUCAAAAUUCUGGAAAUGCUCAAUGUAGUUGUGCUUCAGGUUGGACGGGGUCUUUCUGUGAAACACAAGUUACUAGUAACCCUUGUAGCCCAAAUCCUUGCCAAAAUGGAGGAACAUGUUCCCAAACUUCCGGAAAUGCUCAAUGUAGUUGUGCUUCAGGUUGGACAGGUAAAUUCUAAUCCAUGCGCCCCAAAUCCAUGCUUAAAUGGCGGAACCUGUUCCUCUAAUUCUGGAUCAGCAGUUUGCACGUGCACCUCUGGCUGGACUGGAUCUCUUUGUCAAACACCGGAUACAGGAAAUGGGAUUUUCCAAUGUGGCUUUGAAACAGGAAUGUGUCUACAAAAUCAUCAAUUUAAUACUAUUAAUUUCUAUAGGACUCAAGCAUUCCCUGGAAUCAGCAGCGCCCCGGAAGGAAAUUAUUAUACACUGGCAACAAGUAACUUUCAAUCGCAGGAUACUGCUUGGUUAUUACCAGAACAUUACUUACCAGUGGCUUCAGUGCGUGUUGAAUUUGAUUACACGUCUACUGGAAAUGGAGAGUUAUAUUUUUCUUAUGCACAGGGAGUAAAUCCACAAUAUUAUACACUCUUCUCAACCUCCGGGGAUAAUGGAAUAUGGAAGUCUGCCAGCGUCACGAUUCCAGCUGGGGAAAGUACAUUCUUUUACUUCACUGGCCUCGUCGGUGGCAGUAGUGGAUCUGGGGCAGUUGCUGUAGAUAACAUCCGGGUAACAGAAAUUUAAACUGAGAGAUUUUCUUUUCUUUUCCAAGAAGAAGCAGUUAACACAGAUAAAUAAUAAUGUUCACUUUCAUUCUCAAAUAAAA